UGUCACCAGCGUUGUAGUAACCACCAGUGCCCUACUUUUACUCAGUCCCUGCCUGGCACAUACACAGGAAGACAUGUUUUCCCGGCUUCGCAAGAAUUUUGGGAGAGUGAAUGCCGAUUUUGGACAGACUGGAGUGAGGGAAUCUCGCCUUUCAUCAAAAAUAAAUGAUGGACAACGAAAGCUGGCCUGGGGAAUGCUGAAUGAUGGGAGACUGACAGCAUCCCCUGGCCCUGUGGUAAUCAACAAGGAGGCCAACACGGAGAACACAGAAGAGCAGAGACUGAUUAGACAGCUGCAGUCAGCUACUGAGGAGAGAAAUGAGCUAAGAGAUCUCCUGACUUACGUGACAGAGAGAUACAGGAACAACAGGGCCAGCCGCUACAUCAGGUCAAAUCCAUUUUAUGAAAAAUUGAAGAUAAAGGAGAGGGAGGUCAUGUCAUUACUGCACAACUUAGAGAUGAGGAACAUCGAGCAUUGUGAGAAAUUUCAGGAGCUCCAGAAGGAAAUUAACUUCUAUCGGAACCUGCCCAGCCGGAUCCAUAUGGACAAGAUAUGUAUGCAGAAGAAGUUGUUCCCAUUCAGAAAGGAGAGCAAAGCAGAACAGCUUGAUUCUGCACCGCUGCUACAGAAAUUUUUGUUUGAUUUGAACAAGAAAGAUAAAGACGAACAGGAGAAAACCAGCAACCUCCAGACCAAGCAACAUCUGGUAGGGACAAGCAGCUGUGUCAGCCUAAAAUUAUCUGAUUCCAUUUGCCAAUUUGAUACAUGUUUGCUUUCCCUACCACCUUAAUAAUGUACACUCCAACAAUACAACCACCUCAUGCUAUGGAAUGUUCAUUCCUCUGUCUGUGCACGAGUAUUCUGGGAAGACAACCACUUUUCAGGAACUGACUUAUUAACAACUAUGCUUUGGUGCUCUUUUUGAAGCUGCAGUCUGGAAAUGGUGACAGAUGAAUAACCUAUCAUAUUACUGCAUGUCCCUGUGAUAGAAUGGAUGCUAUGUACCACUUUGAACAAGUUUUGUUCCUGUGAUAAAUGAUAUUCUGUGGUCAUGUGACCUCCAAGUUGGGAAGCACCUUUCAGGGAUAAGAACCGAGUGCAUAUGGCAAAUUAUUCUUUGUCAUUGGCUUUCAUCUUGGUGACAGGUUGACUUCUCCUUUCAUCCUGCAACCCAAUGAGGUCUCUUCCCAUUGCCCUGUUCUUGGUUUGCACUGGUUAAAGUCUGAGGCCCAGAUGGGCAGCCCACAUUACUGUCAGGGUUGUUGUAGACUUUGCCCUGCCCACAGACACACCAGCAAUGUUAUCAGUUAACACAUCAAUGGUGACCUAAAAUAGAGCUGAGUGGGUAGAAGGCAGCAAGCUGAUAGCUAGCAUGCAAGUCCCCAACACAUCAGUUUCUGAAUAACUGCCUUCCUCUCCCUGGUCUCAGGAAUUGCAAAAGAGCUGGAAUGGGACACACAGCAGGAA